AUGGAAGGUGGGAUGCAUCUGUCACGUGCCAAUGAUGAUUUGCAAUCACGCUUCGCUUUUCUGCCGGAUAAGCGCUGUAGAGUUAUAAAGGGCCAGGACUACAUCAGUGUUAAAGGAGGCUUCUUCCAGGAAGGCGAUGGGUAUAAUAUAUUCGCGAGUUACAAAAAAUGUGACCAUGAUUGUGCUGUAGCGGAACUUCCAGAUCCCAUGAGGGAGGAAUCGUAUAAGAGAUAUUUCAUUGCUGAGGAGAAGAUGCCAAGGGUAGUCACAGAGACGCUUAAAACUGUACUGGAGACAAACAUUGGUACAAUUGAACAGAGGAACGGUUAUACCUUCAGAUUUCCCAAUUGUCACAAAGACAACAUGGAGUAUGAUGAGAACUCGAAGGCAAAGUCUGAUGGGAUCAUUAAUGACCUCUGCUGCAUGACAGGGUGCAGGCGGAAGUCCCUCAAUGUGGUCCCCGCCGAACGAGGCGUGGUGAUGGGAAAUAUUGUCUUAAGGAUGAAGGGGGGCAACAAUCAUACCAUGAUGACAUACUUGGAAGAGAUGGAUUACCAUAACAAGCAUCAUUGCAUUAUAUUGACUGGUUUGGGAAUGCCUAGCAUAUCAACCAGGCAGUUCCUGAAAUGGCUUAAAGACCACACUGGACUACCUGUAUAUGGAUUGUGUGAUCCUGACCCCGAGGGAAUUGAAAUAAUAUCUGUUUAUGCCCGAGUCAUUGACGUUAAGCCUGGGUGUAAAAUCAGGUUUUCAAUUGAGUAUGGCUUCAUUUGGCAACUCACUCAGGCUGUUCUUGUAAAAUCAAAGGAAGCAGACAUGGCAACUAUGUUUGUGAAAGUUGGUGACAAAAGGAUAUGCAUCGGAACACUUUGCAGUGAUAGAUUCGCGCAAACUAACUUUGACCUGUUUUUCGAGAAAGAUUUUGAACUAUCACACACAUCUUCAUCAGCCACCGUCAGCUUCCGUGGCUACAAUAUUUUCCAGCCAGCUAAAGGCGAUGAGAUCGCUUUUGAUUAUGACGGAUCUGGAGAUAAGAAUGGUGACAAUGAUGCUGUUGAUGAUGAUGGUGCGGAUGAUGACGAUGACGAUGACCAGUUUUCUUGUCCGAGAGAGAACAAUAGUGACAAUGAUGCUGUUGAUGAUUAUGGUGCGGAUGAUGACGAUGACCAGUUUUCUUGUCCGAGAGAGAACAAUAGUGACAAUGAUGCUGUUGAUGAUGAUGGUGCGGAUGAUGACGAUGACCAGUUUUCUUGUCCGAGAGAGAACAAUAGUGAAGGUCAGAGUGAUGAAAACGAGGAAGAACAAAAACUUAAGAAGUCGGAGCAUGUUAAUAAGAGAGCAGCUGGAAGUGCUUUCAAGGUGGCUACUUCCAAUAAGAAGCCAAAGGUGGCAAAAAUGUCUGACCCUAAGACAGGUGACAAUGGGGCUCUCCAUGUGGCGACUGUGCACCUGGCAAAGAAGGCAGGCCCUGCAACCAAUGAAAAGCCCCCCAAGUUCAGCCUGCAAGUCUUGCAACAUGACAAGCAAGAGGUUAUUAUCGAGAAGAUUGUCCGCAACAAGCGCAAAUGUGUUACUGUGGUGAAAGGCCUGGAAUUGUUCGGUGUAAAUUUGAGUGAUGCUUCAAAGAAGUUUGGAAAGAAGUUUGCUGCUGGAGCUUCAGUUGUCAAGUGCCCAAACAAGAUCUAUCGUAUGCUGUUGUGGAAUUCAUUAAAAAUACAUGGCCUGAUGUAAAUUAUCCAUCUCCGCAUCUUAUUUGGUUUACAUGUUUUUUUAUGUUUUCAUGUUCAGUACCUUUCUAAUCAA